UGCAACAACUUUCCAGGAAGAUUACAUUCAGAUUAAGUGUAAUUUAGAAAUCUGUGGUCAUAGCUAAAUGUUUUGCUAAAUUUAUUUUUGUGCUGUCUGUCAGAUGAGGACUGGCCGGUCCAGAUGUUCGGCUCCGGUCCUGCUGGCGGCGCUGCUCGAUUCUCCAGCAGAUUUUAACUGGACGCGACGCUUAAAACCUUCUUUGAUGUUUCACCGGUAAAAAAGAAAAAAUAGACCGACAAUAGAGCAAAGAGAGAGUCCAAUCUCGAAGUUCAAAGUUGAGGGCCAUGGCUCGUGGGCAGCAGAAGAUUCAGUCUCAGCAGAAGAACGCAAAGAAGGCAGCGGAGAAGAAGAAAGGCAUGGCUGCUGACCAGAAGACUGCAGCGAAGGUCGCGCUGGUCCACACCUGUCCUGUCUGCAGGACACAGAUGCCCGACCCCAAAACCUUCAAGCAGCACUUUGAGAGCAAACACCCCAAGUCCCCUAUGCCCCCGGAGCUGGUUGAUGUUCAAGCAUAAAGAACUGCGGACUGGACCUGAUACACACCAACCACGGACUAAACCUUGAAUCACUGCGUCUGAAGGAUGACUACUGGCACCCGUAGGUGUUCAUGGGCAGCCUGUUGGGACGUGCUGUGUAAGAGAAAACAUCAAUGACGGGGGCACAAAGUACACCAGCACCCCAUUUUUUAUAUUUAUUAUGUACAACUACCUUGCUAUUCCACAUGGGGGAGGGGACCUGCCUGCUAACACUGAAUAAAAGGAUCUUGUGACUAAUUAAUGGCAGAAGUAUGGAAAAAAAAGACAACUAUUUUUUGAAUAUGUGGUUAAGUAGAUUUCACAACCAGAACCCCAACUUUAUACAAAGGAUGACAAAAGUGUGCGCACAUAGUUCUGCAUGGGUACGUUUGUCGAGCUAUGCAAGGUCAGAUCUAUUUGCGUAAAGCAGGUAGCUCAAUAUUCAUGCAUUGGACAAACGUCUUGUGUGAUGUUGCGCCAUACAAGUCCUUAGAUAUUUCAAUGUUUAGUUUGCUACGGUGCCUCGAUGGCCAGGGCAAAAUGUCACUUACAUAACCAAAAUUUGCACGCAUAUCUUUGAUAACGUUGGCUGUAAAAGUUUUGUCACUCUGCUGUGGAGUUCCAUGUAACAUUUUAUUUUCACUUGUAGAAGUUCAAAAUGGAAAAAUACAGUCUUGUUGAUCGAGUUAUCCAAAAAGAAGAGACUGUGCUGCUGCUCCACAGUUGUCCAUCAGUACCUCACGUUAAAGCAGCCCCCAAAUUAUUCUACUUUGGCUCAUUUUUAAUGUUGGUUUCUGUAUGUUUCCCCAACAGUCUUGACAUAAAACCAUCCAAUUAAACUCGAGAGAAGACUCGUUGGCCCUGAUGUUUAAUCCUCUUUUCGGUCACUAGCAGAUAAACACAUUUGCUGUUUUUUUUUCUUCUUUUGACCCCGUUUUAAUAAAUGGAACAAUGUAUAUUA